AAAUUCUGCACUUCAGUUUCCCGGGGAAAAGGCGCGGCCCAAGACCCGUGCGCCCCGGGGCCCCGCGCCCAUCCUUGACCUUGGCCACGGGGGGAGGGGAUGGGCCUGCAGGGCGGCGACCGCCAGAGGGGGCAGCGACUGAGAACUUGCUCAACUCGGCGCCGCCUUCUUCUGCCUCCUCCCCGUCCGCCCCGCCCCGUCCCACCCGGCCCCGCAGCCCCGCGCGUUCGCUGACUCGCAGAGCCCCCGCCGCGCCGCGGGGAUGGGCGCGCUGCUCCGAGCGCUCCUGCUCCCGCUGUUGGCGCAGUGGCUCUUGCGCGCAGCCCCCGCGCUGGCUCCAGCGCCCUUCACGCUACCCCUCCAGGUGGCCGCAGCCACGAGCCGCGGAUCCUCGGCCGUUCCCGGGCUCGGGACCCCUGAGAUGCCCCGUGCAGAUGGCCUGGCGCUAGCGCUGGAGCCCGCCGGGGCUGCCGCCAACUUCUUGGCUAUGGUGGACAACCUGCAGGGGGACUCUGGCCGCGGCUACUACCUGGAGAUGCUGAUCGGGACCCCGCCGCAGAAGCUACAGAUUCUUGUGGACACUGGAAGCAGUAACUUCGCUGUGGCAGGUGCCCCACAUUCCUACAUAGACUCCUACUUUGACUCAGAGAGAUCCAGCACUUAUUACCCCAAGGGCUUUGAUGUCACUGUGAAGUACACACAGGGAAGCUGGACUGGCUUUGUUGGUGAGGACAUUGUCACCAUCCCAAAAGGCUUCAACAGCUCUUUCCUGGUCAAUAUUGCCACUAUUUUUGAGUCCGAGAAUUUCUUUUUGCCUGGAAUUAAAUGGAAUGGAAUUCUCGGACUUGCUUAUGCUGCCCUGGCCAAGCCAUCAAGCUCUCUGGAGACCUUCUUUGAUUCCCUGGUAGCCCAAGCAAAGAUUCCAGACAUUUUCUCCAUGCAGAUGUGUGGGGCUGGAUUGCCAGUAGCCGGAUCUGGUACCAACGGAGGUAGUCUUGUCCUAGGUGGGAUUGAACCAAGUUUGUAUAAAGGAGACAUCUGGUAUACCCCAAUUAAAGAGGAGUGGUACUAUCAGAUAGAGAUCCUGAAAUUGGAAAUCGGAGGCCAGAGCCUCAACCUGGACUGCAGAGAGUAUAAUGCAGACAAGGCCAUUGUGGACAGUGGCACCACGCUCCUGCGCCUGCCCCAGAAGGUGUUUGAUGCAGUGGUGGAAGCUGUGGCACGCACGUCUUUGAUUCCAGAGUUUUCUGAUGGCUUCUGGACAGGGGCCCAGCUGGCAUGCUGGACAAAUUCUGAAACGCCGUGGGCGUAUUUCCCUAAGAUCUCUAUCUACCUGAGAGAUGAGAACUCCAGUCGCUCCUUCCGAAUCACCAUUCUGCCACAGCUCUACAUUCAGCCCAUGAUGGGAGCUGGUCUCAACUAUGAGUGUUACCGUUUUGGUAUCUCCUCUUCCACAAACGCACUGGUGAUUGGUGCCACCGUGAUGGAGGGCUUCUACGUGGUCUUUGACAGAGCUCGGAAAAGGGUGGGCUUUGCAGCGAGUCCCUGUGCAGUUUCCAAGGAUCAGGCAUGGAGACUGGUUGAGCUGACUGGGUCUGGCUCUGAGUCUGAUCAUCACCUGCAGCCAUCCGACAUCUGCAGAUGCUGCUUCCAAGUUCACUCCUGUGGUUGUUGGCAAGAGUCCCUGCUCAUUGCCACAAGGGCAUCACCACAACUUACCUGAGUGUCCUCAGAAUAGCACCUGGUCCUCUCUUAAUGAGUUAUCCACGAGAGGGUACUACAAAACCCUUAAGACAUAAGCUGAAGACUUUCUGUAGCUCAGUUUCAGUGGUAGUGCUACUGUUUAUGACAUGUUUUGUUGGUUCUGCAGUGUGGAGGAGGAGACUACAUGGGUUAAAUAUCAGGAAAUGGAUCUCAAAUAGAAAAGCAUCUUAUCCUGAAUUCUGUCUAUCGUAGAAUUGGUGGUGAUUCAUUGUCAAUUUGACACAACCUACAAUCACCAGCGAAGAGAACAUAUAGCAAGAGAUUCUCUAGGUCAGGUUUUCCUGUGGGAGAUUGUCUUGAUUACAUUAAUUCAGGUGGGAAGGCAUUGUGGGUGGUACUAUUCCCUUGGUUUCAGUCCUGGACUGUGUUAAGUGUAGAAAGAGGUUACAUACAAAUAGACAUGCAUGAAUUCAUUCUCUUUCUGCUCUUGACUGUGGACAUGAUAUGACCAGGUGCUUCAAGUCUCUGUCUCAACUCCCUAAAAUAAUGGACUGUGACCGUAAACAGUGGCAGAAGAAACCCUUGCUCCAUGAAGUUCUGUCAGGAUAUUUUGUCACAGCAACAGAAGUAAAACCAAGACAGGCGUGUGGCAAAACAUACUUUCCUUAGUUAACUGACUUUAUUUUCAAUUUAUAUUACUGUUGUGGAACUGUGUGUGUUCCUUGUCAACUUGAUCUCUUUGCUAAAUAAUGUAUGUUCUAAAUGUUCUGUGUUAAUACUUUCUUUAACUGCUACAUCAUACCACAUUGUCUGAGUAUACUACCCAGGUUAUCUAAUAAACCUUUUAGAGACAAAGCACAAAAUUUAAAAGCAAUUACUGCUCUAUCAGAGGACUGGAGUUUGGUUCCUAUAUAGGAUGACUCACAGUUAACUGUAACUUCAGCUUUGGAGGCUCUGAUGCCCUCUUCUGGCUUUCACAGUUGUCUGUAUAUACACACAUAUACAGAUAUACACACACACACACACACACACACACACACACACCAGUGUGUAGUGCUCGUGUGCACCUGCAUACACAUGAACAUAAACCCACACACAUGCACAUACACAAAAAAAAAAAUAGCAUAUCACUGAACGAUUGCAUAAUUUUAUUAAACUGCCAUCUUCAUCCAAGUAUGCAAACCCAGAAGGGAAGUGAGUGAACAGCUUCUUGCACAGCUGUGUUCUCUUUUCUAUAAACAGUUUCCCUGAUAAAAGUCUCAAAAGGUGAUUAUUGUCUAAAAUGCUGUGAUUCAUGUCUCAGUUGUAAGUUUUUUAAACUUUGCCUGUGGUGCAUUUUAACAUAAAAAAUACUUUUUGGGUUUUUUAAGUCUCUGUUUAGUAUUCAUGAGAACUUCAGGGUCUCUACCCCUGACUGUGGCAAUUCAGAGUCCAGCCAGGCUUGGUGAAGGUGGAAAUCUGAGGAUUCCAAUUCUCACAGAAGAAUCCUCCUUUUGUUCCCAGCCCUUCCUCAGACCACAGGCAGCCAGGCUCCCUUGAUGGUAAAGUUUUGGAUUCUUCACUGAUAAGCCAGUCUUUCAUAGGCAUUGUGGCUCUAGCACCUACUUCCUUGGUGUUUGAGUUCAAGUUUCUUGCAGUGUGACUUUCCAGGGGAGAUGUAAAAAUGUCUAUGCCAAAUAGAGAGGGAAUAGACAGACCAAAGACAGCUCCCAUCAAGUCCACCAUGGUACAUUAAUGAGUUUAUUGGUGUCACUCACAGAAGCAUGGACAACCCAUGGGAGCAGCACUGUUGACGAGCUAAUGUGGAUGGGGAAAAUCCCACCAAGCCACAGCCCUGGAUGAAGAGUUACAGGAGAUUACUGGCUGCUGAGAGAGGGAGAAUCCAUCUUCUCUAGAGAUGAGCCCCCUGAUUGGUUAUCCACUCCCAGGUGGUCAGCCCUGAUACAUAUGAACAACACUAAGUGAACUCAGCAAGUUGUGCUCAUAUAUUUAUUCAUUUAUGUAUGCGUGUAACUGAUAGUUUUUUAAAAAGAGGCCAUGAAUCUGAGAGAAGCAGUAUGGGGAGUCCAGCAUGGGAGGUAUUGAAAGGAAGAGGGGGAGGGGUUGAUAUAAAUCAAAAAGGGAAAAAGAAAAGCCCCAACCCUAGUUGGUCUUUUACCUUGUAUAUAAUGUAUACAUAUAUCAUAGCAUAGCAUAUCAUAUCAUAUCAUAUUAUAUUAUAUAUCA